UCCUUUCUGCGCAUGUGUGAACCAAACAAACCAGAGCGCGGUGCACCUGUUGACGCCACUUAUAAUCAGGUAAUUGCAGCGGAGAGUGUCUUUCCUCGGCUGUGGAGCAGCAGCUGUGGGUCGUUUCAGGCCGUAUUACAGAAGUAUAACUGAACACAGAGCGACCGAAUAAUACAAAUAAUAGCGAGUCCAUCUCAAACAUCCGAGUCAUGAAUCCUCCAACCAGCAGAGACGAUACUAACCCGCCAGAGGACUACAUGCCCCAGUCGUCGUCUUCAUCUGCAGGAGGAGGAGGUUUGUAUCUGGACGCCUAUGAGGUCUCUUUUCCCCUGGAGGAGAGUAUCGAGAGACCACCUGCCUAUCACCUGAACCAGGGCCAGCAGAUGAUGGACGAGCCCAUGGCGCCGGAGCUUCCUCACUCUCCGUACAGCCCUUUCAUCCUGGUCUCUAACCUGCGGGCUCACCUGUACGUGGCCCUGGAGAAGAACGCCUGGCUGCAGAAGCGCAUCGAGGAGCUGGAGGAGGAACGCAACUUCCUGCGCUGUCAGCUGGACCGCUUCAUCGUCAGCCUGAGGACUCCAGAGGAGUGGUGUGGAGACACCCAGCGGAGCAUGAAGGUCCAGCCUUCUAGCUCUCCCUCGCCCCCCUCCCCCAUGACCACCAGAUCUGGAAUGACCCUCAAACGCCUGCAGGGACCGGGACCUCGGUCUCGCCGCAGCACCGCCAUCCCUGUCAAGCAGGAGUUUCACCUGGAAGAAGACAAUUACUACACUGAGGACGAGUACGUGGAGGAAGAGGAGGAGGAGGAGGAAGAAGAUGACUCGUCUGUAGAGAAGGGGUCAAAGAAGAAGGGGCGAGGACGAGCCAGCGGAGAGCCGAGGAUGAAGAUGAGGAGGAUCUUUAGGAUCACCCAUGGGAGGGAGAGACAGAGAGUUAAAGACCCAGACGGCGUUUUGAUUCGUUAUAAGAAGAUCCUGUCCACCUACCAGAGGGUGCGGAGCAUGUCCCGAGCCUUCCAGAUCCACGGAGUCGACCGGAACACCAUGGCCUCCACCUCCCCCAUCGCAGAGCUGCUGCUGGUGGCUCCAGAGAAGGUGAUAGAAGUCGGAGAGUUCGAGGCAUCAAAGGAGAAGCUGUUGGAUUACGCCCGGCGGUGCUACAAGACCAUGGACGAGCAGACGCAUGCAAAGGUCCAGGCCAUGAAGAAGACUCACAAACUGCUUCCCAUCUCCUACAGGUUCAGAAACUGACCGGGACGAGAGGUUUCUACACUAAACAUGCAGAAUGUUUAUUUAAUAAUCUUUUGCUUUAAGUGAGGAGAUUAGAUGCUAAAUUGCAGGAUUGAUACGGUGUACAGAAUCAUUGCCAACAAGCUGCUUGACUUAUAUAAAUAUCUUUCUUUUUCAUUUUUAUUUUUUGUUCAGCUGUUUAGAUUGGUAAGGAGGUUUUUUCUUUUUUGUUGGUUUUUUUUCUUGUAGUCUAAAGUUACUGGACGUCACAUAAUAUUAACAGAAGAUGACUGAUUUUCACGCCUGCUGACAUUUUACAGAGCAGGUGUCGAAGUGCUAAAUGAGUAAAUUUGUUUAUUUUGGACAAAAACUGUUUAAGAUGUGAAAUAAUAUUUUUGUUCUGUUCUAUAUGAGUAUUUACAGAUCCCUGACAUGACUGGCCCUCUUUUCUUUUUCUUUUUGUUUUUCUAUUAGAUGAGAGAGGAAUAUUUAUUAUUUAUGUAUGAUUAUGUAUUUUGACACAGUAUUUUGUAGUUUAUAAGUGACUAUUUUGUGAAACAUUAAUAUGCAUCAUUGAAAGGGAUAAUUGUUUUUUCAUACAUCUUGUGCCUAAGUUAUUUAUUUAAUUUAAGUUGGACAGAAUGAUGCUGUAGUGUUUUCAAUUGUAUGAUAUCAAAAAGUUUAAAAUGUCAUAUAAUGAGACAAAGUAAAUGACUUUAAAUGUA